CCCCAUCGCUAACCCAUCCUCUGACAGUUCCAAGCCUUUUUCCUGGUGGCCGACGACAUCAUGGACUCGUCCCUGACCCGCCGGGGGCAGCUCUGCUGGUACAAGAAGGAGGGGAUCGGGCUGGAUGCCAUCAAUGACGCUUUUCUGCUGGAGUCCUCGGUGUACAGGCUGCUCAGGAGGUACUGUGGGCAGCAGCCCUUCUACCUGCACCUGCUGGAGCUCUUCCUGCAGACAGGCUACCAGACCGAGCUGGGGCAGACUCUGGACCUCAUCACUGCUCCAGUUUCCCAGGUGGACCUGAGCAGGUUCAGCGAGCAGAGGUACAAGGCCAUUGUGAAGUACAAGACAGCGUUUUACUCCUUCUACCUGCCCGUGGCUGCAGCCAUGUACAUGGCGGGCAUUGACGGCAAGGAGGAGCACGAGGACGCCAAAGCCAUCCUGCUGGAGAUGGGAGAGUUCUUUGGGUCCCUGCUAGCUGCUGCCCGUGGCACUCAGGCCCUGGCACUGCCCCGCAGGACGAUUUCCUGGACUGCUACGGGGACCCAGCCCUGA